AAAAAGAAGAACCUGCGAAAUGGAACUGGAAAAUCGAGCGGAUAAAACCCUAAAUCUCCUUCGAAGCAGAUUCAGAUUCUGUGAUCCUAGUUUCAUCUUCAGAGCUCUCUCGGAGUCUCCAGACGGAAACUACAGGUCAAUUUCGAUCUUAAAUUUAGAACUCUCUGUUUGGUUUCCCGAAGAAAUCCAUGAAAUAAAUUGCAAUUCACGAUCGACAACAAUUAACAAUGUAGGAUAGAUUGGAUUUUUCAGUUUCUUUGGUUUGUUGUCUGGUGCAGUAAACUGAAGUUCACCAUUUCCAGUUCAAUAACAGAAGCUUGCAACAACUCGAUUCUGCUUCUUGGCCCUCCGCGGUUCGGGGAAAAUCGCGGUGUUGGAGCUUGAUAUUAGGGAUUUGUCGCUGGAGCAGGCUGAUGCAGUGUCUCUGGUGUUCUUCCUAUGGCGGUGACCAUGACACAAAUAAGUACAAGCUGAACAACGUUAGAGUGAACGGUACGCCUACCAGACCAGCUAAGACCGACAAGCUCAGACAGAACGUUGGAGCGGCCACCACUCUCACUUUGGUUGGUGAAAACGGCUACAUAACAAGAGAGAAAAUAAGGCAAAAUAUUCCAACCAAGAAACAGUUUGUGGAUCCUCAUCGCCAGGGGCUUAUGAUAGAAGGCGGUGUCGGAUACAGGCAGACAGUUGUUAUCCGAUCCUACGAAGUAGGUCCUGACAAGACUGCAACAAUUGACAGCAUACUAAACCUAUUUCAGGAAACAGCACUGAAUCACGUCUGGAUGUCGGGACUCCUGGGGAAUGGAUUCGGAGCUACACAUGGAAUGAUGAGGAACAAUCUCAUCUGGGUCGUCUCCAGAAUGCAACUUCAAGUAGAUCACUAUCCAAUCUGGGGUGAGGUACUGGAAAUCGACACGUGGGUUGGAGCAUCAGGCAAAAAUGGAAUGCGACGAGACUGGCUCAUCCGAAGCCAAGCUACAGGCCACAUCUUUGCACGCGCUACUAGCACUUGGGUGAUGAUGAACCAGCACACAAGACGCCUAUCAAAGAUGCCAGAAGAGGUUAGAGCCGAGAUUUCCCCUUGGUUCAUAGAGAAGCAAGCAAUCAGAGACGAUAUCCCUGAAAAAAUACGUAAGUUGGACGAAGCCACAUAUUGUAACUCUGACUUGAAGCCAAAGAGGAGUGAUUUGGAUAUGAACAAUCACGUAAACAAUGUCAAGUAUCUGAAGUGGAUGCUUGAGACCAUCCCAGAUCAAGUUUUGGAGAGUCAUCAACUUUCUGAGAUCACACUUGAAUAUAGAAGGGAAUGCGGAAGUUCAGACAUAGUCCAAUCGCUAUGCGAACAAGAUAAAGAUGGAUUUUUGGGUGAUGGAGUGAAACACAGUGGUGACAUUGGUCUACUCAAUGGAUUCUCUUUAGCAUCAGAAAUUAUUGGGGGGAAUGGUAUACUGGGGUCCUUAGAUAAGAUGCCAAUAAGAUAUACACAUCUCUUGCAAGCCAAAGGAGAGCCUAAAAACGAAGAAAUAGUCAGAGGAAGGACCACAUGGAAGAGGAAGCUUUCUACCCUGCCAUUCACUUCCUAACAGAAGUGAUCAUGGUAAGUGCAGGGGUUUGGUAAGGUUUCUAAAUUCAUGCUAAGAUGCCAAAAAUAUUUGUUGGGCAUUAAAGAUGGAUUUGCUCAAUAUCCCCCGACUUUUGUGUUCUUUUCCUUUUAGAUCCUUGAAAGGUAUCAGAACAUAAUUAGUCAUGGAUUGCGUUUUCUUUUUUUUUCUCUUGUAAGAAUUGUGGGUGUGGGUGGGAGUGGGUUGGUUUUGAAUCUAUGACCAAUAGGUCAGGGGAUGGGGUUGAGGGUGCUACCAUCUCAACAGGGGUUGAGUUAGGUAACCCUUUCAUGGAUUGUGUUUAGUAGAAUAAGCCGAGUGAUAAUUUCUUUUCUGGUUGUGAAAAUUGCUAUAUGUAAAUAGGAUAGGAAGAGAAAAGGGUACCUACCUGCCCGUGUGUUUUCAUAGAAAUUAUUUGGUGAAGUACUAAAGAGUAAUAUAUGAGAAUUAUGAAACUAUACCUGAUUAUGGCAUUCCCCUA